UUUCGACAGCCGGUCCUGACAGAUAUGAAAAAAAAAAAAAAAUGUCGUAUGAUCUCGAGAACACUUAAAGAGUCAGCCAACUCAGCGGCAUAACAAAAUCAAUUUACAAAAAGUACUCUGCUUUGUUCCAUACUGUGUGCUUCAUUAGGCUCAGAAGAUGUUUCAUUGCCCCAAGUCAGUCAGAACAGAACAUCUAUUUAGUGACAAGGACCUGUAGGAUAAACUGCGCGUGCGCGAGCCGCCCGGCCGCUGUGAGAAGCGUGGGAACUGCGUUCCUGGUCUCCCGGGUUUGCCUGAGUUCCGGUCCGCCAUGGGGAAGGUGAAUGUAGCCAAGUUGCGUUACAUGAGCCGGGAUGACUUCAGGGUCCUGACAGCGGUUGAAAUGGGCAUGAAGAACCAUGAAAUUGUUCCCUGCAGUUUGGUUGCUUCUAUAGCCAGCCUUAAACAUGGUGGUUGUAAUAAAGUCUUAAGAGAACUAGUAAAACAUAAACUUAUAGCUUGGGAGCGAACCAAAACUGUCCAGGGCUAUCGGUUGACAAACGCAGGCUACGAUUACCUAGCUUUGAAAACAUUGUCUUCUAGACAGGUGGUUGAGUCUGUUGGAAACCAGAUGGGUGUCGGCAAAGAAUCUGAUAUUUACAUUGUUGCAAAUGAAGAAGGGCAGCAGUUUGCAUUAAAGCUUCACAGACUGGGAAGAACCUCCUUUCGAAAUCUGAAAAACAAGCGUGAUUACCAUAAACACAGGCAUAACAUGUCUUGGCUUUAUUUAUCUCGUCUCUCUGCCAUGAAAGAAUUUGCUUAUAUGAAGGCAUUGUAUGAAAGGAAGUUUCCAGUUCCAAAGCCAAUUGAUUAUAAUCGCCAUGCAGUGGUCAUGGAACUCAUAAAUGGCUAUCCUCUAUGUCAAAUACACCAUGUUGAAGAUCCUGCAUCAGUAUAUGAUGAAGCUAUGGAACUAAUUGUUAAACUUGCAAAUCAUGGACUGAUUCAUGGAGAUUUCAAUGAAUUCAAUCUCAUUUUGGAUAAAGAUGACCACAUUACCAUGAUCGAUUUUCCACAGAUGGUUUCAACUUCUCAUCCCAAUGCUGAAUGGUAUUUUGACAGAGAUGUGAAAUGCAUUAGAGAUUUCUUCAUGAAACGUUUCAGCUAUGAAAGUGAGCUUUUCCCAACCUUUAGUGAUAUAAGGAGGGAGGAUUCUCUUGACGUAGAGGUUUCUGCCAGUGGCUACACUAAGGAGAUGCAGGCAGACGACGAACUGCUUCACCCAGCAGGUCCAGAGGAUAAAAAUACGGAAACAGAGGAGAGAUUUGACUUCCCACUUUCUGACGAAGAGAUGUCAGAUUGUAGAUCAGAAAAUGAAAGUGGACAGAACUGUGUAGGUGAAUCAGUUGCCUGCUGUUGCGGGUCAUUUGAAAACCUUGAGCAAAUAAAGGAAGAGAGUUUGUCAGAGGACAAUGCUGAUGCACACAGAUUUGAAAUGACUGAAUUCAGUCAAGCUUUAGAAGAAAUAGAAGGGCAGGUUGUUGAAAACAGUUCUGUAAGUGAAUUUUCUUGGGAGAACAGACAUGAACGUGACGCCAGGCAAGAUGGGGAGACAGGUCAGGGUGGAAUCCUCGUGGGCCCUGAGGAGGAUGAAGAGGAGUGCCCUCAUCUGAUUGCCUUGUCAUCAUUCAACAAAGAAUUCAGGCCUUUCAGAGAUGAAGAAAAUAUGGAAGAUACUAAUCGACAUAGAACAAGAACCCUGAGUGUUACUUCUGUGGGCAGUGUUUUAAGCUGUUCAACGAUUCCUCCGGAAUUGGUGAAACAGAAGGUGAAACGUCAGUUGACAAAACAACAAAAAUCAGCUGUGAGACGACGGUUACAGAAGGGAGAAGCAAAUAUAUUCACCAAGCAACGGCGAGAAAACAUGCAAAAUAUUAAAUCAAGUUUGGAAGCAGCUAGCUUUUGGGGAGAGUAAUACAUUUAAGACCUGACUAUAUUGCAAAAAGUGACUAUGAUCCCUUUUUAAGCCACCUUUAGUAUUUUUUGGACCAAGGCAGAUAUAUAAAUAGGUAAAUAAACUUUCUUUCAUCGAUAAA